CCGGGCGGCGCUGCAAGAUGGCGGCAGCAGCCGAACGCGGCUCGGAGCUGCCCGCGGAGCCGCCGCCGCCGCGGGGGGUUCGGCCGCCUCCGCCGCCGAGCCCCGAGGAGGUGGCGAGGCGCUUGGCGAUCACCCGCCGGGAGCUGAGCAACAGGCGCAAGAUCCUGCUGAGGAACCUGCCGGCCGAGAGCAGCAGCCAGGAAAUCCAUGACUUAUUUAAAGAUUAUGAAAUAAAGUAUUGUUAUGUGGACAGAAAUAAAAGAACAGCAUUUGUUACUCUGCUGAAUGGAGAGCAGGCUCAAAAUGCGAUUCGGAAAUUUCACCAGUAUUCUCUUCGGGGAAAAGAAAUAUCCGUGCAACUCCAACCAACAGAUGCUUUGCUGUGCAUCACUAAUUUGCCCGUUUCGUUUACGUUAGAAGAGUUUGAAGAACUUGUGCGUGCUUAUGGCAAUGUCGAGAGGUGUUUUUUGGUGUAUAAUGAAGUUACUGGCCAUUCCAAGGGCUACGGUUUUGUGGAAUAUAUGAAGAAGGACUCUGCUGCGAAGGCGAGACUGGAACUUCUGGGGAAACAGUUAGAAGAGAGCACUCUCUUUGCACAGUGGAUGGAUGUGAACCAGCUGACCACAAGUCUUAUUCACUCCAAGUGCCUUUGUGUAGAUAAACUGCAAAAAGACUCCGCUGAUUCAAAAGAACUGAUGCAGGCUUUCUCACUGAAGUAUAAACCUGUAUUCUGCCAGUUUGCUCAGGAUGAAGAUAGCUGUAUUGGUGACUUCGCAGUGGUUGAGUACGAAACUGCAGAGCAGGCUGAGAAAGUACACGAAGUCACCGAUGGCAUGAUUAUCAAAGGGAAGAGAAUCCAGGUGUCCUACUGUGCUCCAGGAGCGCCAGGGAGAAGCACGUUAGCAGCACUUAUAGCAGCACAAAGGAUGAUGAGAAACAACAGAAAAGGAUUGCUUCCAGAGCCGAAUCUAGUGCAGAUCAUGAAAAGUUUUAAUAAUCCAGCAAUGUUGCAAGUACUGCUGCAGCCCCAGUUGCGUGGACAUGCUGUUAAACCUGUUCUUGGAGCAUCUGCAGGUUUUCCUCACCUUAUAAAUACAGCAGUUGCCCCUCCUUUUUUACAGCUGAAUAAAGUUCAUCAGAGUUCAGUUCUGGGCAGCGCAUCUAACUUACUGCUGCAGAGCCCUGCUCACCUGCCAUUGCCACAGCAGCAACUGAUGAAGAUUGAAAAUGUCCAGGCCAAUAGUAAACCAGGUUUGCUGGGAGAACCUCCAACAAUGCUACUUCAGACAGUACUGGGAAUAGGGGUAAUGCCAUCGGUGACUUCAGGCAUGGCAACCCGUGGAGAAGCUCUUAAGUCAUCUAAUCUGCCUACAAUUCAAACAGCAGCAGCAGCAGGGAUGGGCAUGUUGCCAUUCUUUCCGAAUCAGCACAUUGUUGGACAAGCUAUACCAGGGCAAAAUAACGCUCCAGAGAAACAAUCAACUACCGAAGCGGUUGUCUCGGGAUCGCAGCCUUAUCAUCAGACCUUAACAAAUCUUCCUGCGGGAGCCUUGCGGGCUGGCCAUGCCAAACAACAGAAUCAACUAAAAAGCACUGAUACAAGUUUGGGGACUCCUCUGAAAAAACAGACUUCACUACUAGGAGAACCGCCAAAAGAAAUACGCCUUAGUACCAACCCCUACUUGAAUUUGGCAAGCGUGUUGCCUGGUAUAUGUCUUCCAGCAAUUGCCAGCAAAGCCUCCAGUCCACCACAGCAGACUGGACUUCCGAACAACAUCGUGGAUGCUGCUGUUUCUCAGGGAGCUCUAUCACAACACGGAAUGGAAAAUUAUUUUAAUUACUCCCAGCAGCAUGGAGAGUACACACAGGAGGCUGCUCAGCAGUGGUAUCAGCAUUAUGCUCAGGCAUGUAACUCUACCCAGGCAAGAGUCGAGGAAUUUGAAAAGGAAGCCUCUGAGGAAUCGACAGGUGGAUCUUACCCAGACUGCAGUACCUGCUUGCAGGUCAUGCCUACAUUUUACAGUGGAGCCCAGGGGUCAUUCCAGCCAGGCAGCUCGCAGCUUCCUCUACAAAACCCGGUAAAUAAGGUGGCUCCAUCGAGAAGUGAGAAGCGAGGCUCUUCGUACCUCAUUUCCUCCCCAGAACCCGGCCCGGUGGAGUACAUUGGCCAGCAAGCUCAGGGCUCAGCCGUACGUUACGCAGAAUCCUCUCUGAAAAAAAAACGCGUUUAUUGAGACGUAACUAACCCGUCCUGCCUCGGCGUGCGAAGGCAGGCUUUUCAUACCUCUCCUAUUUAUUGCUGCCUUAACUUCAGACAAAUUUCUUUCUGCGUGGGUUUUAUAAAUACCCCAAGAGGAACGACGCUGUGUACCGGGCAAAGUCGCCAAGUAACCCGUACGUAUCGAUCCGACGUUAGCCAUUUCUCCGUAAUCUGCCUUGCCUUGUGAAAGGCUGGAAUGGUGUUUCCAUUUUUGUCUACCACUGAAAUUAUCAGUGGGCUGAAACUGACCAAGAGAAGUAACUUGGUAAUUGUUGGUAGCUUAUCAGCUGAAAGCAAUAAAAUUACUGAGGAGGGAAUGAUGAUCCUUUCUCCAGUCCUCACGCUGAGGAAUUUAAAAGACAAAGUCUUAAUAGUAAUUUUUUUCUUAUUUUUUUAACUCAGAACGUGGGUUUUUUUCAAGCUUACUUAUCCCAGGAUUAAGACUUCUGCAUUUACAACCUUUAUAUUUUUAAUAUUUCCUCUUAAUCCUGGAGUGGAGAUAUACCAAAUGUAUCGCUAGAGUCGCUGUGAUGUUCUCAAUAAAUGUUUGUUAUAAGUAA